GCAGCGGGUGCCCCCAUGGCUCCCCAACAUGUGUUCUUUUUCUUGCUGUGGAGCCUCACUCUUUUCCUUCAUGGAGCAUCUGCAUCAUUUUGCAAUGUCACCUGCUGGACAGACUACGAUGAGUUGUUGAACUGUUCGUGCGCAGCCUCUGUGCCGAUAAAUCCCCUUGACAUCAGUGUCAUUUGCAGGGGUGAUGAUGCAAACGUUGAUGGCAGCUGUGUUAUCCGACCACCUCAGUCCUGGUGUCAAAUUGAUAAGCCCUUUGUUGAUGUUGCAUCAGUUGGAACAGUCUGCAGCACGACAGUCAGUGAAGAAGGCAGCUCAUUCAUAAAUGAGUCAUCCAGCUGGAACCUGAGUGAAGUGGUGAAACUUAAGCCUCCUUUAAACGUUCAAGUUGAAAACGCAGCGGAAUUCUACAACAUAACCUGGAACCAUGACAGCGCUGCCGCGGACUGCCUCAGAUACAGAGUCCGCAUAAGAACGAGCGAAAACUUGUUAAAGGAUCCAGUUUUCUCCAAGGAAAGAGGGGAAGAAAUGCACAUUCUGAUAAACCACAAUGAACUACAACCACAUACCAAUUAUACUGUGGAUGUUCAAGCCACAUUUUGUCCUAAAUAUGCCCUUCAGGGUCCAUGGAGUGAAUGGAGUUCCACUACAAACUGGAAAACAGAGGCGUUAAAUGUCAAAGGUACUUGGUGGCACGUCUUCCUGCCCAUCAUUUUUUUCUUCAUUUUUGGCCUGGGUCUGUGUUAUUCACAGAAAACGUGUUGGCAGAGAAAACUUGAGGUGAUUACGUACAUCCCGAGCCCGGAUGAGUUUUUCAAACCCCUGUAUCACAACUACGAAGGGAACUUCAAGGAAUGGGUGAAGCCUGUAUUCAGUGAGUAUGAUUACCUGAGGAUCAGUCCAAAUGUUCAGAUGAUGAGUGAGAAGCAGCACGACAUACUUCACUGGAGCGACGAGAAGCAGCGAGACAAUGAGGACAACGAGACAAAUCAAGGUGGCAACAUUCACCACAUGCUGCAGCCUCACAGCAACAUGCUGCUGCACUUUCCAGACGGUGACAGUUCACAGGGCAACAGCCACUCCACUGGACACAUCUCCAUCCAUACUGUAACCUUAUCUGGAGAAGAUUUUGAUGAGGAAGUUACAUCACAGAGCUCCCUCAGAAGUUACCAAGACGGAGAAAGCUUGGGCUCCUUUGAGGAAGACAACAGAGAGCAUGCCAGCUAUAGUUUAGAGGAGCCUCACAUGUCCAGGAUGGACAGACCAAGUGGGGUAUUACCACAGCAUGAAAACCACAUAUCCAAUGACCUACUAGUGGAAAACCUAAACUUCCAGCCUCAUGAUCAGUUUAAUGAACCAGAGAGGGUAUCCCUUGACUCAUUUGAGCAGUCAGAAGAUGGCUACCCUCAUGUGGACCUGGACACAAUUGAUAGUGGUUUUGGGGAGUGUGGCAGCCCCGGAGCAUCAGACUCAAAUACAGCAGAUCAGAUCAACUCUGAUUUAUUUCAUGAGCACACGAACUCAAAUUCAAAUUAUGUCAAGCAGUGGAUGAUAUGUAGCACUAUUCAAGAAGACUCGAGCCAUCUGGAGAAUGAACUCCAUGAAUCACAAUGAUUCAAAGUUGACUGACUGCCACCGUUUCAGAUUGUUGUGCCAUGGGGCACACUUUUACUUAAGACUUGGAUUUGUUGAUGAUAUUUGAAUUAGAAAAAGAACCUAGUUGAGUCAUCAUGCUGUAAUGUUGUGUAUUUUUUAUAGUCUGAAUGUUUUUUUUUCUUGCACUAUAGUCUUGUUUCCGUUAUUUUAAAAGAACAACUCCAAGGGAGAGGAGAGAAAGAAAGAGACUCUAUGCCUGAAAAUAUGAUAAUAAUCAUCCCUUGUGUAGCGGUUUUCAGUGAUUCUGUGAAAUGAAAAUUUAUUUACAUACAUACUUAUAAGUGUUGAUUUAAUUUAAUUA